UGCAACCACCGGACAAAAAUUGGGUUUGUGUUUGUCCGGUGUACAAUUGCUGUGUGGCGUAUGAGUUCAGAUUGUUGUUGGUUGGUACACUACGUUUAUUGUGGUAUUUUGUCACCAAACCACUUACAAAAUGCCAGUAAAGCAUUGUUGCUAUGGCUGUUGUAAAUCGGACUCAAGGUAUCCAGAACGGAUGAUUGGGUUGCAUUUUAUUCCGUUUCCUAAGCCAAAGUCACAGCACGAAAAGUGCAUACGAUGGAUUGAAGCUUGUGGGCGACCCCAAAGUCAGUUUAAUGUGGGUCGUGUAAAUAAGGAUACCUACAUAUGUUCUAAGCAUUUUAAAUACGACAGUGGACCUACAGAGGAGUAUCCCGACCCAGUACUUUAUGAAGAAACAGCGGUGAGAAAAACAAGACAGCCCAAGAAGAGGACAACGGACAUGCAUAAUGUAAGUGCAUCAGGAAAGAAACAGCUUAUCUUAAAUCAUGAGACCAAAGGGACACAGACGUACAACAGAGAGUACUAUGCACUGAAUGUUCUUGCUGCUUGUGUCAAGGUUACAGAACUUGAAGAUGAAAAUAAAAAAUUAAAGGAAACGUUGAGACAAGUCACCAAUGAACUGGAAGCAUACAAGAAUAAAGAGAUGAAAAAAGACACAGACUCGUGUUGAAGCUUCUGACUAUACACUAUUUAUUUUCCUACUGGAAGCUCUUGCAAUACCCGAUGUAAAAUAUUAUUUAAUACUUAUAUUUUAAUUUCUAAAUUAUUACAUAAAUGUUGAGUGAUACAUAGCAGAUUUCAUACAACUAAGACUUAAUCUAGUGUAAAAUAUGGAUUAAAAGUUUAUGUUUACAGAAAUAAAGGAUAGCUUUUGACAUUUUUGUGCAAAGAAAAAGCAAAUGUUUCCUUGGUUUUGUCUCGUAAUGUAAUAUAGUUUUAAAAUAUUUAUUUUUCUUCCAGAAGGAACAAUUCCAAUGUCAAUCUUAGAUUUAUCAAGCCAUGAUUCUGGCUCAAUGUCAUAAUCAUCAUAUUUUACCGUAUAUCUUAAAAUAUAUUUGCUUUUCCUUUGUUGGUCAACAACGCAAAAGGCAAUUACAGAUGUGAAUAUAUUAGACACUGAUUAAACCAAUGUAAAAUGUAAACAUAAAUAAAUUAACAUAAACCCAUUAAUUUUGUUACCCUUAAUAUUUGCAAAUAAGCUAAUAUCACGAAAAAACAGUAAGAUAAACACAAGCCACAAAUGAAACAAAAGAUGGACUGGAGUUAUUUAAGACACACUGAUAAAUCAUGGACCAACAUAGUUUUACAGUACAUUAAUAAUAAAAUAACAUUUAUGAUUGGAGCAUACUUAACUGUUGCAUAGAAAUAUUCUACACAUUCCAAUGAUAUAUAAACCUGCGUAAGAUACCAUAAAACCUCGAAUUGAAGCCCAAAAGGCUUAAUCUUGAGAUUAAGCCCAUCUCGAAGUGAAGCCCCCUCUUUAGUUUGCAACAUUAGCCUCGAAAAAAAGCCGCCCAUUGGCUUCUUUUCAAGAAAGCAUAGGGAUCUUUUCGAGAGAGUACAGUACAGUACAAACACUGUACAUGAAUUUCAGAAAACAAAAUAAAUUAAAAACAAGCUUGGUUUAUACCGUAGUUUAGGUGAUUUAAUGCCAUUUAAAUACACUUCAUGAUACAGAUUGA